GCAGCAUCUUGACCGAGGAUACCCCCUCAAGACGAUGACCACUUAUGCGUUCAAAUAUGGCCGGGUUCCCCCGGAGCAACUUUGCAAUCUAUUUGGGUGCUUUCUAUUCUACAUCCUCCAUAGAUCCUUGAGCUUAUUCUAUUAUACAAUUCCUUAACUCAUCCUCAUCAUCAUGGGCUUUAUAUCCCCCUUUCCCCGUAUCAAAGAAAUCCGGACCUUCAUUAUUGAUGGUGUAGGAUCUGGUGGUGACUAUCAUAAUGUUAAAGGAGGUCACUGGUUGAUCGACAGCGACAUCUCCACCCCCAUGACCAAAUGGGCACAAUAUCGCGGAUCGCGAACAUCAUGGGGAAUCAAUGUCUUGGGCUCAUUCUGUGUGGAAAUAGAAGCCACCGAUGGGACCAAGGGUUUCGCGACUGGUUUUGGUGGCCCUCCAGCUUGCUGGUUGGUGCACCAGCACUUUGAGCGUUUCUUGCUCGGCGCAGAUCCUCGCGAUGUCAACGACCUGUUCGAGAAGAUGUACCGUGCGUCUAUGUUCUACGGCAGGAAAGGUCUUCCAGUUGCCGUGAUCUCGGUCAUCGAUUUGGCACUCUGGGAUCUCCAAGGGAAGAUCCGCAACGAACCUGUUUACAAGCUCAUCGGAGGAGCGACUCGGUCACGUCUUGACUUCUACUGCACCGGACCUCAGCCCGCAUCAGCUAAAGCCAUGGGAUUCUCUGGAGCUAAGGUGGCCCUGCCACACGGUCCAGAUGAGGGUACAGAAGGACUUCUGAAGAACGUGGCAUACCUGUGCAAGCAGCGAGAAAGCGUCGGUCCUGAUUUUCCCUUGCGUGUGGACUGCUAUAUGUCGCUGAAUGUUCCCUACACGAUUCAGCUCGUGAAGAAAUGUGAAGCCGAGGGAAUCGACAUUGACUGGUGGGAAGAGUGUCUAAGCCCUGACGACUUCGACGGCCACGCCCUCCUCAAGCGAGCCCACCCAACCGCUAAGUUCACCACUGGUGAACAUGAAUACUCCCGCUACGGUUUCCGGAAGCUCGUUGAAGGCCGGAACCUUGAUAUUGUUCAGCCUGACGUUAUGUGGGUGGGUGGUUUGACUGAACUGCUCAAGGUCUCUGCGCUCGCAGCUGCAUACGAUAUACCCGUUGUCCCCCACGCAUCUGGACCCUAUUCGUACCAUUAUGUGGUCUCGCAGCCCAACACGCCAUUCCAGGAGUACCUUGCGAACUCUGCUGAUGGGCACACCGUCGAGCCCGUCUUUGGAAACCUGUUUCUCAACGAGCCUAUUCCUACCGAGGGCUAUCUCGACGUCUCUGUCCUGGAUAAGCCCGGCUUCGGUCUCGAGUUGAAUCCUUCUGCUCCUUUGAUCCCAGCUGCUUCUCUUCUCACACCUGCGCCCCAGAGAAGCCUGGCUCCACCUACGGAUAAGGAAAAUGGAGCCAACGGCACAGCUCACUAAGCGUGGAACUGAGGAUUCUACUUAUACGUGGGGGAGAUAUAAAGCUGAACCUUCAAUUUCAUUGCAUUUUUUUUUCUCAUGUACAUAAUCAUGGAUUUCAAAUUAGAACUGCAUAGACAGG